AUGGGUAAGUAUUCAUGGGAGCCGAAGACCGAGGAUGAGUCUCGCACUUGCAAGGCUCGCGGUUCCUACUGGCGUGUGCACUUUAAGAACACCCAUGAGGUUUGUCAAGCCAUCAAGGGUAUGACUCUUUCACGGGCUCAGGCCUACCUGAAGAAUGUCAUUGCUAAAAAAGAGAUUGUGCCUUUUCGUCGUUUCAAUGGCAGUGUUGGUCGACACGCUCAAGCAAAGGCCUGGGGUGUUGUACAGGGUCGCUGGCCGAAAAAGUCUGCCGAGAUGAUUCUGCAUCUCCUUCACAAUGCCUUUAGCAAUGGGGUUAAUAAGGACAUCAAGGGCGGUGAGGCCAGUCGGUUAUUCAUCAAACACAUUCAGGCUAAUCCUGCUCCCGCCAUGCGCCGUCGGACGUACCGUGCUCAUGGCCGGAUCAACCCCUAUAUGUCCUAUCCCUGUCAUGUUGAAGUCAUUCUAGCCACCAGGGCGGAUGUUGUCCCCAAAGUAGCUGCCACUGCUGCACAAUCGCCAAAAAAGGAGUCCAAGAAGAAGCUUAAACGUCAGGCUAUGAAAGCUGACGAUUUUUAA